UGUUCUUUUAUGAUAUACAAAUAACAUUAACAUGUUUUCGUACUGGAACAAGAAAAAUAUUCAAAAAGUUGGAAACAAACGCGAAGAAAAACAAUCUGUAGCAUUUAGUUCUAUAAACGAAAAUCAUUUAAAAAGUGACACAGGUGCACCAACUGAAACAAUUAUAAAUAGUUUAACAGUUGAAGACAUGGAAGAGGCAAAGUUGGCACCGCUGAACUCGGACAAUCAUUAUCAGGAGUUUCAAGAGUUUGUAAGAAGAGUUCAGACGUUGCAGAUGUCACCGACAGAGGAUAGCGAAAAAGAAUAUACAGAUUAUACAGCUAAUCCGAGCACGGACUCCAGUUCGUUUGCAAUUGAAGUCGGCGUGGAACCUUCGAUGUUAAUGGAACUUGAUGAAAUUGACAGUGUAGUGCCUUUAUCAGGGCCCUCAACAAGGGAUAGUCAAACUAAGUCCACGACGACUACAAAUAUACGAGUAACUGUCGGUAUAGAUAAAGAUUUAGAAAUGAUUCUUGAAAUGGAUCCGAGCAUCGUAGAUUUAGGCGAUAUUAGCACCGAAACUACAGAGCCACGAAUAGUGGGUCUACCGCCUCUUUCGGGUGGACCAACGUUUAAAACUGCCACUCCUACCUCGCGGACGCAAUUAAAACUACAGUUGCAACGGGAGCAACAGCAGCAGGAACAGCAGCAACAAAUGAUGGUGCAGCAACAAAUAUUGAUAUCGCCAGAUCCAAAAAUGCAGUUGUUGUUUGGCAUGGGUCAGGGAUCGACCGAGUCAGAAUUUAUAAACAGCAACAGUACCAGCGCUUGUGGGAGCGGAUCAUCGAGCCUGGAGCAGAUGUCUCAUCUUGUGCAAAGGGAUCGUUUGCCUUCAUCAAGUCCAGUUAAGUUGAAAGUUCCCUUACAGAGUAUUGGUGUGGAUGUACCACCUCAAGUGUUGCAGGUCAGCACAGUGCUUGAGAAUCCCACACGGUAUCAUGUUAUACAGAAGCAAAAAAAUCAAGUUAGACAAUUUCUCAGUGAAUCGUUCAAGCCAUCUGUUUGGGGUUGUCAUAACAGCGAUACGAAAGCAGCAAAUACCUCGGUAUCCACUGGAAAUCUACACAAUUCCUGUUUAGUCAACAGUUGCCCUCCUAUGGAGCGGUCAAAUAGUUAUAGAUGUGAAAUGAAUUCCAGUGGCAAACGAACUAUGCAUUCCGAUGAAUCCAUGCAAAUAUCUCCUUUUGGCGCCAGCUUUUUAAGAAAUGGAAGCUGCAACCCUAAUGAACAAAUUUCAUCGGGAAGUAUUAACCCCCAAAGUUCAGAAGAAUCCACAGAAGUUGUAAAUAAAACACAAGGAUAUUUAAAGAGGAAUUCAAGUUUAAAUUCUCCUAUUACUACACUUACUACAUCUGGAGUAAUUAAUACGAUGCCCACUUCCAGUACAACGAGUUCAUUGCACUCCACUUCAGCACCCAUAUCCCCAAGUCUAAGCUCUGUAGCUACAAGUGCUUCAGAGCUCCCAUCAUUCGACAGCGAUGCGGAAGAUCUCUUUGAUGAUAUACUACAAAACGAUUCGUUUAAUUUUGAUAAAAACUUCAACUCCGAGCUUUAUAUUAAACAGGAACCACACAGCUUAACUGAUGCUGAAAUAAAUGCUAUGGCUAAAGAUCGACAAAAAAAGGAUAACCACAAUAUGAUUGAGCGCAGACGUCGUUUUAAUAUUAAUGACAGGAUCAAAGAGCUGGGUACCCUUUUGCCAAAAGGCAGUGAAGCUUUUUACGAAGUCGUCCGUGAUAUUCGUCCCAACAAAGGAACAAUAUUAAAAUCCUCUGUAGAUUAUAUCAAAUGCUUAAAACAUGAGGUUACUCGCCUCAGACAAAAUGAGUGUCGGCAGCGUCAGAUGGAGGUUCAGAACCGGAAGCUUAUGUCUCGCGUUAGGGAGCUGGAAAUGCAGGCCAAGACACAAGGUAUUACUCUAUCGGACUACCAUGUUACAUCAGUAUCGGCGCCCACCCCAGCAAACUUAUAUCUCAAAAGUUCAAGUCCAACGCCGCCAUCUGUUUCUCAAAGUCGUCGUUCGCUUGUGAACGAAUUAAUAGUUGUUGAAAGAAAAAUACCAGUAAUAAAUACCUGCGACGCCAGUAUGGGGAUGAAUCAGAUCGAUGAGCUCAUGGAAGAUUGCAAGCACCCGGUACAAGGGGGCGAUCCGAUGCUGUCUUCUCAUAGCCACAUGCUAUCUGCUUCACAUUCGCCUACUGCUAAUCAGUUGAAUUGUGCCAGUUAUGCACCAAAGAGCAGCUCGGAAGCGAAUUCUGGACUUUUUAACGAAACGCCCAGCGUCAACAUAUCAGAUGAUCUUACCAACUGCUGCAAUAUCGCUUGCAGCAAUUCAUGCUGUAUUCAUCGCCAGAUGAAAACUCCUAAGCGCCACACAAAUCAUUGUCAUAUAAAUAGUCAGCAAAGCCACAUGGAGUCUGAUUCGGUUCAAAACACAGGGUUUGGUAGGCUUGGACAUUGCAAUGGUGAUCACGAUCCACUAUUUUCAUCAUCCCAACGUCCACAUGACCCGUUGGACGACGAUCAAAACCAUUCUGUUGACUUGUCUGCAGCGAUGAUAAACGAUUCGCUUACUUCCUUAGUAGACGAUAGUCAAAGUGAGUCUAUGCUUCUAACUUCUGAUAAUUUGGAUAUUGACUUAUGAAUCAUCAACUUUUGCAAUACAUCAGCAGUCCAAAGUACAUAAACAAGUAUUAUGCAGUAGGCGAUACUGAAAUCAUCGCACUCACACUAUAUAAAUUUGUUAUAAACAGAUGUACAUAUUGAUUAUCCACAGUAUUGGAAAUUUAUAGAAGGAAAAAUGGUUGCUCAACGAACGUGUACGUUUAAAUUUUGACUUCAAUGAUUUAAAACUUUUUGGCUUUUAUACAAAAACUUGAUUCAUAAAUUAAUCAAAUGUCAAUAUGUUAGUAAUUAAUAUUGUUAUGCAUGUUUUUAACGAUUAUUAGAACUUCUAACAAACUGUACAGCAAUUUUAAAAUACUUCUUCCAAAUUUACCUAGAUCUUAGAUCUAUCAAAUGUAUAUAUAAAAAUAUACAAACAUAAAUUAACCAUGUUACAUUCCAAUUUUGUAAGCAAUUUUACUGUUUUAAUCGAGCCCUGUAUAGAAUAUGUAUGCAAUUAUUACGUUUCUAAGAUUUUCAGAAGAAAUUUUUUUUGUUUUAAUAUUUAAAUGAAUACUGAUGAGCAGCAGAAGAAAUCAAAGUCCUUGUGUUAUUGUUAUAUGAAUCAUUAUUAUAUACAUAUAUUAUAAUAAUACUGAGUACAAGAUAUGUACAUCAAACCUUUGUUAUAUUUAGUAUUUGACGCCGUAUUUUUCUUGUUUAAUUGUUAUACUUGUUGAUUUA